AUGUGCCACACCAAGGCCAUCAGCAACAAAAUCACAACCUCCCAAUCCCCACCUACACCCGUCCAGAACGAAAUUCAAAACCUCAUUCGGGACAUCCGGACAGCCCUAGAGGUUUUCAAUACAAGCAAAGGCCCUACAGCCGUGACGGCUCAGCAAGCCAUCGACUACCUCCUACACCUCCACAGUUCUGCUACCUGCCCCGAAACACCUUCCUUUCAAGCCACCACGCCAACAUCCUACGGCACGGCAUUUGAAGAAGAUGAUGAAUCUGUGAUGCCAAUGUUCAGUCAGGGAACCAUCGAGCGCCAACUCGGUCACUACCUUCCUCCUACACCUCUUCCUCCGCCAUAUGUCCCAUUCCAGAAAAGCCAGCCGUGUCGAAAGAGGAAACGCACCGAGCGGCAUGGAAAUAGGGGUGCAACUCGGAUGUUCAAGAGGGAGCAACAGCUUUGUCUGCCGAAUCUAUCGCCAGCAGUCUGCAGGAACGUUGGGUAUCAAGACCACUGGCUGACAACAAAGGUUGGUGAGGUUGAACCUGAUGAUAUGCUUUGUGAGGAGGAGGAGGAUGAUGAUGAAUGUGGGUUCGAUGGGUGUAAGGGAUUUUGUCAAAUUGUGUGGGGAUAA